AGACCACUGCAAGAUGUCCAUCGACUCAGAAAGAGUGAAUGGAAACUUAAAGGCCCACAACUGGUCCAAGAUGAACUCAAGGAAGACACAGUCCACUGGAAGAGCAGAGAACCUUCACAUCAUUCAAAAAUGAUGAAGAUGAACACUGAGGAGAACCACGACUCGGUUCCUGUGGAGGAACGUAGGCAGGGAACAGAACCGUCCAGACGCUUCCUGAUGGACCUGAACACUGGCAUGCUGAAGGAGGAGGUUGGAGAAAUGAACAGAAGAGUCGCCGGCUACUAUAAUCCUUCAGCGUAUGAGAUCAGACAGGGAACUCAGAAAUCUCAAGUGACUCUGGUGGAUCCUGUAACUGGACAGAGGAUGUAUCCACUAACAGAGAUGCAGAGGAGCACAGCACCAUUGGAUGAGUUCAGACAGGGCACAGAGUACAGACCACAAGUCCUGAAGAUACUGAGAAUGCGUGACAUCUUAAGAUCGCAGUACAGCGCUGCUGGAGAGAAACAUGAACAGAGAGAAGUCUCUCCUGAGAUACACCAUCAUGGUACUGAACCUUCCAGAAACAUCUUGAUGGACCUGAACGCUGGUCAGCUCAAAGAAAAGAGAAAUGAGAUGGACAAUAAAGCAGUAGGCUCUAAAUGGGAAGUGGUUUCUGGUCCAGAUCAUGAAGGAAACCAUCAAUUAGUUCCUGUGGAGGAACGUCGGCAGGGAACAGAACCAUCUAGACGCUUCCUGAUGGACCUGAACACUGGCAUGCUGAAGGAGGAGGUUGGAGAGAUGAACAGAAGAGUCGCCGGCUACUAUAAUCCUUCGCCGUAUGAGAUCAGACAGGGAACUCAGAGAUCUCAAGUGACUCUGGUGGAUCCUGUAACUGGACAGAGGAUGUAUCCACUAACAGAGAUGCAGAGGAGCACAGCACCAUUGGAUGAGUUCAGACAGGGCACCGAGUACAGACCACAAGUCCUAAAGAUACUGAGAAUGCGUGACAUCUUGAGAUCACAGUACAGCGCUGCUGGAGAGAAACAUGAACAGAGAGAAGUCUCUCCUGAGAUACAUCAUCAUGAAAUGCCUGUAGCUGUCUGCCAUGGCGAGAUGAUUCACGGAAGGUGCUACCAUUUCAAUCCAACUCUACAGACAUUCAACGAAGCUGAGGCAUCCUGUAAAAAACUGUCUCCAGAAGGACAUCUGGCAUCAGUGCCGAACGCAGAUGUUCAUAAACAGCUUGUGACGAUGGUGGCCAAAGCAAAGAAAACUCCAGUUUUGACAUGGCUUGGAGGAAUUCAGAAGAAAAACAAGUUCCAAUGGAUAGAUGGUUCCUCCUGGGGAUACAGUGAUUGGAUGCCCACUCACCCCCAGAAAAACACAAUGUCCUGCCUUGAGAUGUUCAGAUUUGAUGAGAGUUGGUGGACAGAGGUUGACUGUGAUGAGCAGAGAGCAUUCAUCUGUUCUUAUCCAAUGACAGCAUGAAGACCUCAUGAUCCACUAAUGAUCAUUAUAAGCUUUUCUUUGAUUUAAAAAAAUACAUUUAUGUCAUUAAUGAUCAUGGAAACUUCUAUUAAACUAUAGUUUGAUAAGGUUUAUUGGUAAAUGGACUGCUCUCC